AUGCACAUUAAUAGUUGCAGUAAGCUUGAGUCCACAUAUGGCAGGAAGCAGCAGCAGGGACAGUCAGUAUCAUCGAUUCGUCAAGGGUCAUCCAGUAUAGAAGAAUUAUCAUUAUACAACUGUGAUGGCUUAACAGGGGUCCUCUAUUUUCCCCCGUCCCUCAAGAGACUAGAAAUUGUUAAGUGUGGUGGGUUGGCAUCUCUGAAAUCCUGCUCUCCCGAGCUCCAAUCCUUGGAGCACCUCCACCUUUGGAAUUGCAAGACCCUGGAAUCCCUACCGGAUGUGCCGCAAGCAUACUCAUCUCUCCAACAUAUUUGCAUCAGCGACUGCCCUGGUAUGAAGACGCUCCCUGCAAGCCUGCAGCAACACCUUGGCAGCAUCCAGGAGGAACACAUAGAUGCCCAUCUUUAUGGAAAUAAGCCAAGGCCUAUGCUGCUGAAGCCCAAGACAUGGAAGUAUGUCUGCAAAGGUUGA